CUUCUCUUCCUCUUGUUCUUCUUUCUCAGCUCGCAUUUUUCCAAAGUCCAAACACAAACAAUGGCUCUCUCUGAUGUGGUCCAGAAUCUCAGCAAGGCAUUUUCAGAUGAAUGUGGACUUGGAGUGGACGAGAAAUCAUUGAUAGAGAAUCUGGGAAAAUGGAAAGCUGAGGAGAGAAAAUCAUUUUGGAAAGCAAAUCGCAAUUGCUUCGUUCAAGAUGAGCGUCUUUUUGAGCGCUGUGAUGAAGACCAUGUCAAACGUCUCGAGAAAGAAUUCUUGCGUUUCAAGGGUGCUGUGGUGCUGAGGGCCAUGCAUCCCUGGGAACGAGACGCUCGUUUGGUAAAGAGAGCCUUGAAAAAUGGAUCAUCACCAGGUUCCUUGGGUGUGCUGAUUGAGAUUGCAUGCACCAGAUCAUCCGAUGAGCUGUUGGGGGCCAGGAGGGCCUACCAUUCCCUCUUUGAUCGCUCCAUUGAGGAGGAUGCUGCUCACCACAUCAAGGGUCCUGAACGCAAGCUUUUGGUGGCACUUUUGAGUGCCUAUAGAUACGAGGGACCAAAAGUAAAGGACGACAAUGUCAAAUCUGACGUAAAGGAGCUUGCAAAUGCCAUUAAGAACGCAGAUAAGAAAAGCCUCCUCCAAGACGAUGAAGUGAUAAGGAUACUAUCAACUAGGAGCAGGGCUCAUCUCAAGGAAGUCUAUGACCAAUACCACAAGAAUUCCGGCAAGAACCUAGAUGAGGAUAUCGGUGCUGAUUCGAGGCUGCAAGAGACAGUCCAAUGUCUCUGUGUUCCCCAGAAAUAUUUUACAAAGGUGUUGGACGCAGCACUGAAGAAGGAUGCAGAUAAGAAAGCAAAGAAGGCUCUGACAAGAGUAAUCGUCACCCGAGCCGACGCAGACAUGAAGCAGAUAAGAGAGGAGUUCCAAAACCAGUAUGGAGUUUCUCUGUCCAAGAAAAUUGAAGACGCGGCGAAUGGGAACUAUAAGGAUUUCUUGCUUGCCUUGGUUGGAAAUUAGGAAAACUAAAUGAAAAAAAUUUGGAGUCCUCAUGACAUGAAUUUCAUGUCGUCUGCGGUUCAGAUAUUCAGAAGAGAUUGAACGAUCGAUCCAUCGGGGUUUUAAAGUUUAUUUUUCCUUGUUUGAUUCUUGCUUGUUAUGAUUUAAGGAGGUAUCCUUGUUCUUAGUUCCUGUAAUUUCUUACAAAUGAGAGAAUGUCAUAAAUAAAUUGAUCAAAAUUUCCAGGUAAUUAUUUUGUC